AUAGAUUAUACGGUACAGAGACAAUGAACGUUUUACGACAGAAAAACUAUAAUAACUUUUUUAAUGUUACUUAGAUAGAGGUUCAAACUUUACCAAUGUGAUGAAUGAAGGUCACUUGAAAAAAUAAAAAGAGACAAAAUACAAAAUAAUGAUUAUUGGUUUGUUCAGUGCUGGCAAUGGCCUGUAGGUUCCUUUCUGCUCACCCUGUCCUGGUUAAACUUAUUAGGUUAUAUCAGACAACUUCCAUAUUUUGGAAUCUACGUGAUUAUGUUUUUUGACAUCCUGAAAACAGUGUUGAAGCUAAGUGUAAUCCUGGUAGUAUUUCUUGUAGCCUUCGGACUUGGGUUUAAUCUUCUGCUAGCUCAACAU